AGCAGGUAGUGGCUCCACGGACGUGGACCCAAAGGCCACCGCCCCGAGAACAAAGUUUCUUGAUGUACGAGGCGCUGGAGCCCACCAGGGAGCAUUCCAGGAGCAGCUGAUGGCACUCAAAGCAGGAUCAAGGUCCAGCUUCUGUCCCAGUCCCAGAUCUGCCCUAGGAGCCCAGACCCCCAAGAAGGAACACACAGCCAAGAGCAGAAAUCCCUGCCAGUUGUCCCCACCAAAGCCACUAUCAGAGAAGCAGGCUGGCGAAGCUUUGGAAGAGGAAAGUUAAGUCCAGGGAGGUGAAGAGUCCAGCUAAACCAUUCAGGAGAGGGCAGAGCUCUGGCUUCCUAAAAUCAGAGACCCUGGGCCUGGAGUCUUGGCCCCACCUGAUUCACCUCCAUUCUUCACCCUGCUGCAUGGCCCGCAGGCCACCUGUGUAGACAAAGGCAAGGACUUCCAAGACUGAAGGGGGAAAAAUCAGGGACGUUUCUCCCCAGCUCCUUGCCUGUGGGUCACUGUGGCCUCUACCAAAGGUCACCGCCUCUCUCAAGGUCAUCCUCUCUAUGCUAUCCUUCCCAGGCUCCAAUGAUCAUCCCUCCCUUUCUCCAGGAGUGUGUGACUACUGUUGGGGUUUCCUACACUCUGCUCCCACCUUUGUAAGUUAUGCCCUUAUUAUACCCUCAGACUGCCCCAACUGGAGUAUGUCCUGUUUUCUGCUGGGACCUGGACUGAUACAACCACCUGCCCUGAAUUUCCAGGAUUGCAGUCAUCAGCCCCACCACUGGUCAAGCAGUCCUAGCUCCAGGCAUGGGUAGACCAAGGUGUCCCCACAGCCCCCUGCUACCUCCAGUCCCAGCCAAGUGUGAGGUCACUCUCUGUAGGCAUUUGGUCUGCAGCCUACUGGCCAGCCUUCCAGGAUUCUGAGUCCAAGGGGCUCAAGUCAGGACCUCAUUACCCCAGAUACUCCUCCUUUAUGACUUCACCCACUGAAGUCAUCUGGGAGACAAUGCUGAACGUUCCACCCCAGAGUCUGGGCCUCUAGGAGGCAGGGACAGCAGGCCAGGCCAGCCUAGAGGACUAUCCGUCCACAGUGUAAAUGAGGACACUGCUGGCCCAUGUCUUGCAGGGAUGUAGAAGGCAGCCUCAGAGGCACUGGGUGCUCCUGGCACCAUGGAUGAUGCUGCCAUCCUCAAGCGACGAGGCUAUAUCAUGGGGAUAAAUUUGGGAGAGGGCUCAUACGCAAAAGUCAAAUCCGCUUACUCUGAGCGCCUAAAGUUCAAUGUGGCGGUCAAGAUCAUCGACCGCAAGAAAGCCCCCGCAGACUUCUUGGAGAAAUUCCUUCCACGGGAAAUUGAGAUUCUAACCAUGCUAAACCACCGCUCCAUCGUCAAGACCUAUGAGAUCUUUGAGACAUCGGACGGCAAGGUCUAUAUUGUCAUGGAGCUUGGGGUUCAGGGUGACCUCCUUGAAUUCAUCAAAACCCGGGGAGCCCUGCACGAAGAUGAUGCUCGCAAGAAGUUCCACCAGCUCUCCUCCGCCAUCAAGUACUGCCAUGACCUGGACGUCGUCCACCGAGACCUCAAGUGUGAGAACCUUCUCCUUGACAAGGACUUCAACAUCAAGUUGUCUGACUUUGGUUUCUCCAAGCGCUGCCUGCGGGAUGAUAGUGGCCGACUGGCACUGAGCAAGACCUUCUGUGGGUCGGCAGCAUAUGCGGCCCCCGAAGUCCUGCAGGGCAUCCCCUACCAGCCCAAGGUCUAUGACAUCUGGAGCCUGGGCGUGAUCCUCUACAUCAUGGUCUGUGGCUCCAUGCCCUACGACGACUCCAAUAUCAAGAAGAUGCUGCGCAUCCAGAAGGAGCACCGCGUUAACUUCCCGCGCUUCAAGAGCCUGACCAGUGAGUGCAAGGACCUCAUCUACCGCAUCCUGCAGCCGGACGUCAACCGGCGGCUGCACAUCGACGAGAUCCUUAGCCACUGCUGGGUGCAGCCCAAGGUCCGGGGCCUGUUCUCUGCAGCCAUCAUCGACAAGGAGGGGGAGAGCUCAGGGGUCCGUGAGCCCUCAGGGGUUCAUGAACCCUCAGGGGUCCAUGAACCCCCAUGGGCCCCUGAGCCUGGCUCUGACAAGAAGUCUGUCACCAAGCUGGAGCCCCAGGAGGCACAGCCUGAGGUGAACCCAGAGUCACAAGCCAAGGAGGAGAUUCUGCAAGAGGUGUCGAGGCCAUUGGAUACCAGAAGCCCAGCCCCUACAGGGGGGCAGCCGAGCAGGGACACCGUGGAAGGGGACUCCCCGAAGCCUCCAGACACACACACCUAGUGAGCCUCUCACAUGGCCCAGGGGCGGGCAGGGAAUGAGGCAGAGCUCAUAGCUUCGAGCCUGAGCUCCAAAAAAAAAGCCAAGGGACAAGCCAUUGAAGGAAGACAGUCCCGGAUGAGCCGUUAUUUUCGUUUCUUUUCCCUCCCUUUGAACUUGGUAACCCACAUGGUAAAAAAGCAAUAAAUAACUAUAUUAGUGCAGAU